GUGCCAGCCUCACUUUUGCGCGAACUGUCGAAUGGAAUUGGUGUGACUGGGGAGUUGACAUCAGUUGGACCCGUUGCCAUAGUAACGUGAACCUGUCAGUGAAGGCCAAGAAUGGUAUUCUGUGCAUCAUAGUAGCUAGGCAAGUGAUAAAGAAAGGACAAUUUAGGACAAGAGUAUUGUGAACAUCGAAUCUUUUUUUCGAAUCGAAUCAAGCAGAAUAUAGCUUUUUUGUCAAGUAGUGAAUCAAACAUUCCCCAUUGGAUUUAAUCCGGAAGAACAUUUUAAACUUCUAUCCCGGAUAUUUGUGUUAUUUUAUGUGAAUGUGACCUACCGAAAGAAAUAGAGACUAUUGCAAAAAACGUUUCUCUGUCGCGUGUAUUGUUCGCUUCAACUGUCCGGUAUUGGAAACAUCCUGUUCCUAUCAUCCCGGAGCGGAAUUAACAACUUAAAAUGGAUUGGGACAUCGUUGACAUUUUUAAUUUCCACCCGGAGAACCAGGAGCUAGACAUUGGCAUUCAAUCAAUCCUGCUGAGGGAAUCGAGCUUCAUCACAACACUUCCACAAACUGAGGACGAAUCUUCAGAAUGCCACAACACAUCAAUGAUCCAUUCAUUUUCAUCCUGGAAGCCUUCUAAAUGCAUAUCUCCAGCGUUGGAGCUUCGCAAUUCCCACCAGUUGUCCGACACAUUGUCCUGUUUAGAGGAGAUGGAAGUACCACGCGACAUGUUCGAGGAACCCAACGACAGUUUGAACAAGGCUGUCGUUCCCAUUUCACCUCCAGACAACUGCUCCAGGGAUUCUAGUCUGCGUGACAAACAACUCCACACUGACAACAACCUCCAGCCGGGGGACGAAAGGCCUUUCCAGUGUGCCAUCUGUCCCAAGGCGUUCCGGCUUUCCUCCACACUGUCUGCACACAAGAAGCUGCACGACCAAAGAGGACCCAGUCUACGGUGUGAGACGUGUGGACGAGCCUUCACGCAACCCAGCGCUCUCUCCAGCCAUCGACUGUUGCAUCGGUCGGAUCGGCCACACAGCUGCAGUCUCUGUGGAAAGCAGUUCGUUCGGCUGCAUGCCCUCAAGACACACGUGCUUAGUCACGCGAACGAACGACCCUACGAGUGUGACCAGUGUGGAAAAGCUUUUACCGAAAAGCACGUGCUCGUACGCCAUCGCAAGACGCACAGUGACGACCGGCCCCAUGCAUGUGCCGUUUGCUCGAAGGCCUUCAAGGAGCGGUAUGACCUGCUGCGCCACACGCUCAUUCACAGUGGACUGCGGCCGCACAAGUGUCCCGAUUGCUCCAAAACCUUCGUCCAAUCCAAUGCACUGGUUAAACAUCGAAAGGGUCACGAACGGGAACGCACCGUUGGCCAUCAUCAGUUGAACGCAGCUUCCUUUGCUGUAACUAGGGCCGAAACUACGUGUUGCUAAGUGGAACAAUGACGCAGUGAGAGAAGCAACAAGUGUUAAUGUUGAUUUGCAGAGUGUAAAUAGAAACGUGUUUGAGCAAAUGUUAUUGUGAGCGUCUUUGGAACGGCAUUCGGAGGAAGUGUCCAGUUAAAUAA